AGUCAGCUUCUUAUCAAGUUCUCUGUCUCCCACCCCAGCCGGCUGACUUCGACAAUCGCGUCCAAAACCUACCACCGUCGCGUCGUCGUUUUCGUUGUCAGUCAUGAAUGAAACCUACCAAGUGCAUAACGUUGAUUACUUUACUCGGCUUAAAAAUGCCAGCAAGUUGCUAUUCUACGCCGUCAAUCCUUACGAGUACACCUUCCAGUUCGCAGAAGAUGUGCCGGAUUAUCAUAAACAGAUCUGGUUCCCAUUCUUCUUGCUCAUCGCACUGGAAAACAUUAUAUUGUUUACUAAAAAACAACAUUCUUUUCGACUAAAUGACCACGUUCCGUCAUUGUUACAUUGGAUCCUGCAAGAGACUGGACGAAUAUUUUGCCGGGGAGUAGAAUACUACAUAUACAUCCUGAUAUACGAAAAGCUUCGAAUAUGGGCCCUAGCCUGGGAAUCCCCGUGGACAUGGUACAUAACUGCAAUAGGGGUCGACUUCUGCUACUACUGGGUGCAUCGAGCAAACCAUGAGGUGCACAUUUUAUGGGCUCAGCAUCAAGUUCAUCACAGCAGUGAGGAAUUUAAUCUUGUGGUUGGUCUGCGGCAGUCUCUUUUGCAACAGUUGUGCAGCUUCAUGUUCUAUUUUCCUCUGGCUUUUUUCAUCCCACCUUCUCAUUUUAUAACACACCAUCAAUUAAAUCUGAUUUAUCAACUAUGGAUACACACUACUGUUAUCAAAGAUCUUGGACCACUUGAAAUAAUUUUUAACACCCCAAAGCAUCAUCGAGUUCAUCACGGUUGCAAUUUAUACUGCCUGGACAAAAAUUACGGUGGUGUCCUGAUAAUAUGGGACAGAAUAUUUGGCACCUUUAUGGAAGAACUGCCAAAAGAAGAUUUAAUUUUUGGAUUGGUUGUCAGUCCGCAGUCAUUUAACCCUCUGUACUUACAGACAUUUUACACAAAAGCCUUGAUGAAAAAAAGCUUUAAAAUGAAGUCGUUAAAGGAUAAAUUGGCAGUUGUGUGGAAAGGUCCAAGUUGGUUGCCAGGAUUGCCUCGACUUGGCCUUGAUGAAUUCAAAAUUAAUGUUACAUCUCGAAUAAAAUAUGACCCUGAGAUACCAAAGUGGCAACAACUCUACAUAAUUUUGCAUUUUUCUCUUGUCUUGUACGCACAUGCACAGCUUUACAGUAAACAAUCAAUUGCAGUAAAUUUUCAGACAGCAACCUUGGUUAUAAACAAUUUGUGGGCUGUGAUGACCAUAGGCUUAUUAUUCGACAAAUUUAAAUACGCGAGUGUAUUAGAAUUCACCCGCUGCAUAAUUUAUUUAUUAUUCUUUAAAAAUACUUUAGAUUCCGUAUCGAAUUCUUUCAUCUUCUACACAUAUUUCGGCUCUUGUUUAAUUUGGAUUUUGUACAUAAUUCGUAAUUUGAAAACGUUUUCUAAGUCUGAGGCUAGUUAGCAUAUUGAAAUUUAUUCACUAAAUUAAAAAUUGUAUUAUUUAUAAUUUUGUAUUCUUAAUGCGAAAAGGUAUCGAAAUUUUAGCAAAUUAAAUAAUGCAUUAAUUUAAGAAAUUAAUGGAUUUGGUUUUUAAUUUUAAGACACAAAAAAAAACCUUUAAAUUCUAUGAGGUUUCUUGAAAAUAUUUUUCGAUUACCAAAAGACUUAUAGAUGAUAAAAAAGUCGAAUUGA